GAGAGGAAUGGAGAAGCCAGCAAGCGCGUGCAGUUACACCUUGUACACAGAUGGCCGUGUGACUCCUAUCUUGUAAAUUAUGUACAUAAAGUAACGUCUGAAGGUAUCUGCAUGUAUAAGUGUAUAUACAUUUAUGUCGCAUCAUCUGUGUGGCACAUACCGUUAGACCUCCUGCCUGCUCUAGUGUAGAUUUAGAAAGACUCGACUCUAGUUGGGAUUUUCAAACUUGGAUUUACCGACACGCACUAAUGGUGAAGCUCAAAUUUUAAAAAUGAUAUCAUUUGAAAAUGAGUCGUAUCUUGCAUAAUCUGAUGGAAUAUUGCUGUUAAAAUCAUUAUAGGCAAUGAAGUGCAAUUUAAAGGUCGCUUGAGCAACGUUUGAAAUAAUUUGUGUAGCUACAUAACGGAAUAUAAAUUAUAGGGCUUGUUUAGCUAGCUUGCUAGCUGUCUGUGUUACCAGUUUGCCUAAAAAAAAUCAGAACGAACGUCACGAGAUGAUACAUUUAGGAUUUACCUGAGGAGAUUCACCUUAAGACUUUGACAGAGAAGAUUAUCUAGAAGAGGAGGAAGAGGCCCUAGCUUCCCUCAGCUUCCCUCUCUUUCCCAGAGACAUUAAACACUUUCUUCUGCCUCAGCGUGUGUAUAUAGUAAGAUUGGCUGAGGCGAGGCUUUAUUGAGGUGUCUAUUGACUUUAGUCCCCUUGGUAAGGUGCACAGGAAAGGGUAUGCACUUUAGGAGAUGGAGAGAAAGAAAGUAAGGACAGAAAGCUAGGACGGAGUGGAGAUAAGAAGCACUGUGCUGCUCAUCCUCUUUAUGCCUCUGUAAAGACUCUAAAGAAAGGAGAGAGCAGGACGGGAGCCUCUAGUGGCAGGGCCCAGCCCCGUAGUCACCAGCAACACUGGAACAGCAGCAGCCAGAGAACCUAGAAGGUGGGUAAGAAGAGGACCACAGAAAGAGAGGAGAGACGGGGACUGAACAAGAACCAGAGGGUCGGAGGAGGAGGAGAGGACGGGGAGCAGGAGGGGCAUCCCCAUGGCGACGGACCCUGGAGAACCCACGGGGACAGAGGACUCCUCAGAGAAAACUGAUGGAGCGCGAGAGGAGGAGACGGAGCAGGAGGAUGGCAGGAGGGAAAGGACGCAAAGUACCCCCUCUGACUUCCCCUCCUCCCAGGCUCAGGAGAGGAGAGCCGCCGAGGGUAGGGAUACAGGAGAAGGACCAAGAGGAGGCGGAAGUAGAGGAGGGCGAGGAGAGAUGGAGGACAGAGAUGUUAAGGAAGAGGAGAUACCUCCGUUUAGACCUAUGUCUCUCUCCACACCCUCAUCCCCGGCUGCGACCGUGGUGGCUUCAGGGUCAGGAGGUCACGGGCCGAGGCUGAGGAGAGAGAAGCGUUUCUUCAGGAAAAGUGUGGAGAUCUGCGAGGAGGAGGACGAGGUGGCGGCAGACCCCCCAGAGGUGUCCCACUCCGCCUCCCACCUGGAUUCAGUCUUCACCCUCACCGGGGCCCAGGCCGCUACUGCCACCGCCGCCUCAGCUUCCGCAGCCCUAGGACACGACACCGCUCACCAUGACCCAUCCAGCCCCAGCACCACCCAGGACCCCGGGGCCAAGGAUGCCCCCUCCUCCGCCCCUGCCCAGACGGGGAAGGAGAGGGACAGGGAGCAGGAGGAGGAGGCAGAGAUGAAGGCCGUGGCCACCUCGCCGGGGGGGAGGUUUCUGAAGUUUGACAUUGAGCUGGGGAGGGGAGCCUUUAAGACCGUUUACAAAGGCCUAGACACUGAGACCUGGGUGGAGGUGGCCUGGUGCGAACUACAGGACCGUAAGCUGACCAAGGCGGAGCAGCAGCGUUUUAAGGAGGAGGCAGAGAUGCUGAAGGGGCUCCAACAUCCUAACAUUGUUCGUUUCUAUGACUCCUGGGAGUCAGUGCUGCGAGGGAAGAAGUGCAUUGUCCUGGUCACCGAACUCAUGACCUCGGGGACACUCAAAACGUAUCUAAAGCGCUUCAAGGUGAUGAAGCCUAAGGUCUUGAGGAGCUGGUGUCGUCAGAUCCUGAAGGGCCUCCAGUUCCUCCACACCCGGACCCCUCCCAUCAUUCACAGGGACCUGAAGUGUGACAACAUCUUCAUCACGGGCCCCACCGGCUCCGUCAAGAUAGGAGACCUUGGACUGGCUACUCUCAUGAGGACUUCCUUUGCUAAGAGUGUCAUAGGUACUCCUGAGUUCAUGGCUCCAGAGAUGUACGAGGAACAUUAUGACGAGUCAGUGGACGUCUAUGCCUUUGGGAUGUGCAUGCUGGAGAUGGCCACCUCAGAAUACCCCUACUCAGAGUGCCAGAAUGCUGCACAGAUCUACCGUAAAGUCACCAGCGGUAUAAAACCAGCCAGCUUUGAUAAAGUCAAUGAACCAGAGAUUAAAGAGAUCAUCGAGUGCUGCAUCCGCCAAGACAAGAAUCAGAGGCUGUCCAUCCGGGACCUGUUGACCCACGCCUUCUUUGGGGAGGACACUGGGGUGCGUGUGGAGCUGGCGGAGGAGGACAUGGGGUAUCAGGAGUGUCUGGCCCUCAGGAUCUGGGUGGAGGAUCCCAAGAAGCUGAAGGGCAAACACAAAGACAACGAGGCCAUUGAGUUCAGUUAUGACCUGGAGAAUGACAGCGCAGAAGAGGUGGCUCUGGAGAUGGUGAAGUCGGGCUUCUUCCAUGAGAGCGAUGCUAAAGUGGUGGGGAAAUCCAUCCGUGACCGUGUCACGCUCAUCAAGAAGUCCCGUGAGAGACGCCAGCAGCAGCUGCUCCAACAGCAGCAAGGCUUUGAUGAGAGACGGGACUCCACCCGCACCUCCUCCUACACCAACACUUACCCCUCCUGCACCUCCUCCCUGGGGCCUGGGGUGGCUGGGCUGACAGGGCGAGGCGGGGGAGGUGGUGGGCAGGGGGAGGCUGAGGAGAUACCAAAGGCAGAUCAGCAUAUGAGGCAACAGCAGCAGAUCCACAGUGGGAAUCCUCUGAGCCUGCCCACAGGAGGGGAGAGCAUUGUUUCAGCCAGCUGUGAGUCCUAUGCCAAUGGCCAGAGCCAGGCGUACCCUCAGCAACGGGAGUCCUACGUGCUUUCUCAAUCCAACCUCCCUGCUGCUGCUUCGGCAAGUCUAUGGCUACAUAUCAAAUACCACCCUAUUCCCUAUGCAAUUAUGGCCCACACCAAAAUGUUCCCAAUUAGUCAGAGCAGAGGAGUUCCGAGUGUGCUUAUUGGUCAGAGUAGUGGGAUUGCCGGCAUGUCCAUUGGCCAAAGUGGUGGUGGGGCUCCUGAUGGUCAGGAGACUUACGUUCAGCCUGUUGCCAUGCCAACACAGGUUUCACCAGAUAUACCACAGCAGUAUUCACAGUCAUACCACUCAGAUGGGUCACAGAUUUCACAAAUGGCCCCUUCCCUGUCCUACGCACCCCCAGUCUCCCCCCAAGCCCAGCUCAACAUCCUCCCAGCUCCCAUGUUAGCGGGGGACCCAACAGGACGAGUGGGGGCCAUGGUCCCUCUCCCACAACAGGCCCAGGCCAACGUCACUCCCAAUGUCAUCCAGAUGACACCCCAGCCUUUAACCCAGCAAGCACUGCCUGACAUGAUCCCACAGCAGCAGACCAUUGUUCAACAACAACAACAACAACAGAUACUGAUUGAGCAACAGCAGCAGCAGCAAAUGGAGGCUCAACAAGCCGCCCUGCUUCAGCAUCAUCAACAACAACAUCAACAACAGGCCAGUGUAAUUCCCCAGAACCAGGCGGUACAGCAACAGAUGGAACAACAGCAGCAGCAACAGCAGACUAUAGCAAUCCAACAGCAACAAACUACUGAGCCACAGCAGCAAGUGUAUGUGCAGCAAGCUUUGGUUCAGCAGCAUCAGGCCUUACUACAACAACAACAACAAUCAAUGGAACAACAGCAGCAUCAGGCCUUACUACAACAACAACAAUCAAUGGAACAACAGCAGCAGCAGGCCUUACUACAACAACAACAACAAUCAAUGGAACAACAGCAGCAUCAGGCCUUACAACACCAACAACAAUCAAUGGAACAACAGCAGCAGCAGGCCUUACAACACCAACAACAAUCAAUGGAACAACAGCAGCAGCAUCAGGCCUUACUACAACAACAACAAUCAAUGGAACACCGGCAGCAUCAGGCCUUACUACAACAACAACAAUCAAUGGAACAACAGCAGCAUCAGGCCUUACAACACCAACAACAAUCAAUGGAACACCGGCAGCAUCAGGCCUUACUACAACAACAACAAUCAAUGGAACAACAGCAGCAUCAGGCCUUACAACACCAACAACAACAAUCAAUGGAACAACAGCAGCAUCAGGCCUUACUACAACAACAACAACAAUCAAUGGAACAACAGCAGCAUCAGGCCUUACUACAACAACAACAACAAUCAAUGGAACAACAGCAGCAUCAGGCCUUACUACAACAACAACAACAAUCAAUGGAACAACAGCAGCAUCAACAACAGGGAUUGUCAUUGCAGCAACAGCAAUUGGAUCAAACCCAAGCCUAUGCGCAACCACCGCAAAUUGACGUACAACAGCAGCAACAACUGCAGCAGCAGCAACAGCAGCAAAUAUUGUUACUACACCAACAACACCAGAUAGAACAUCAGCAACAACAGCAAGCAAUGUUACUAGAACAACAACAGCAAGUGUACAUACAACAGCAGCUUGAGCAACAGCAGCAACAGGCUUUGCUACAACAGCAACAACAGGCGCAACUACAACAGCACCAACUGGAGCAGCAGCAAGCGUUGUUACAACAGCAGAUAUUUGAGCAACAGCAGCAGCAAGCUCUGUUACAACAGCAGCAACAAGAGCAGCAGCAACAGCAAGCCUUAAAGCAACAGCAACAACAGGCACAACUACAACAGCACCAGCUAGAGCAACAGCAAGCACUCCUACAGCAACAACAGCAACAACAACAACAACAACUGGAGGCUCACCAAGUGAGCCAGAUACAACAACCACAAAUUGAUUUACAACAGCUGCAACAACAACAGCAAGCUGUGCUGAAACAACCGACCCAACUACAACAACAGACGGUCAUCAGUCAUCCAGUCGACCCACAGCACCAGCAGGCUGUGCUUCAGCAACAGUUGGAACAACAGCAAGCCAUGCUACAACAGCAACAGCUUCAACAGCAACAAGUGAUUUUACAGAAGCAGCAAUUAGAGCAACAACAGCAGCAAGCUCUGUUACAACAACAGAUUGAACAACAACGGCAACAGCAGGCAUUGCUACUGCAACAACAAGCGGAGAGAAUUAACCAACAGGGUUUGCUACAACAGCAGCAGCAACAGAUUCAACAACAGCAAGAGACUGGGCAACCGCAGCAGCACCAGCAAACCACCAUAAUUCAAGUACAACAAAGCGAGAAACAAGAGACCGCUUUAAUUCUGCAACAAUGUGAGCAGCUGCAAGCAUUGAUUCAACAGCAACAGAUUGAUGUAUGUAUGUUGCAACAACAACAGCAAAACCCUGCUUUGUUUCCACCUAGUCACACUAGUCACACUAGUCACACUAGCCUAACCCAGCAGCAACUGACAGAACAACAGCAAGUGGUGCUGAUACAACAACAACAACAACUACAACAACAACAACAAAAACAACCUAUCUUACUGGAGCAACAACAACAGGCGUACGUUGCACAGCAACAUCAACAGCACCAUCAGAGCUCUAUCAUUGAACUUCAGCCUCAGAUCCCCCUUAUGGCCCCAGCCAUACCAGCAGCAGAGGUUAUACAGGACAUUCAGGUCCAAGCUCAGAUAGCCGCCCAGGGUCAGGAAGUGAUACCUGUAGCCAUUCAGCUACAGAUUUCCAGCCAAGCUCUACCGGCUGUAGUGCAAGCCCAUGCCCAAGUCCUGGCCCAGAUUCAAGCUCGGAAUGAAGCUCACCCUCAGAGCCAGGGCAAUGUCUCAGUCCCAGUACUCCAAGCCCAGACCCAGCCUCCACACCAAGCCCAGCCCCAGAUGAUCGAGGUCCAGAUUCCAUCUCACAUGGUGGCCCCAAUCCAGGCACCAAGUCCUCCGAUCCCUAUCCAGCCUCAGGUUCCUCUGGUACAGGCUCCCCAUCAGAUGCCAGCUCUAAUACAGACCCAGGCGCCAGGGCAGUCAGUCAUCCAGCAGACUCCCCAGCCUUUGCACCCAACCCAGGCCCUGACUCAGACUCAGAUUCCAGAAGUUCUUGAGACUCAGAUGAUGCCUCCUAAGCACCAGAGCACAGCUCUGGUCCAACCCCAACCUCCAGUCUCAAUACCCCCCAUGCAAAGCCAGGUCCAGCCUCAACCCCAGCACCAGUCUUUAGUGCAGCCCAGUGUUCAACUUCCAGAGGUGGUGCAGCCUCAACUCCAGCACCAGGCUCCGGCCGGCCUAUUGGCACCGCAGUAUGUCACUGCACUUCAGCCCACACAACAGCAAACCAUGCAGCCAGUCCAACAGCAACAUCAGGGCAUCACUCAACAAGUUUUACAACAACAACAACAACAGCAGAUACUGAAGGAUCAACAACAGGAGAUCACUCAACAAGUACAACAACAACAGCAGAUACUGAAGGAUCAACAACAGGAGAUCACUCAACAAGUACAACAACAACAGCAGAUACUGAAGGAUCAACAACAGGAGAUCACUCAACAAGUACAACUGCAACAGCAGAUACUGAUGGAUCAACAACAGUCCAUGCUGCAGAACCAGCAGAUGAUGUUGUCCCCUGGAUCUGUUGGUGUUGGAACUGUCCUUGCAGCCCCUGCAGCCAAGGUCAUAGACCCUACCACCUUGGUCUCUGCUUCGCCCCAACACAUACAACAACAGACUGGACAAGCUCCAGCCCCCAUCCAGCUGGCUCUGCAGUCCCUUCCCCCUCAGCAGCAGCAAGUCUCAAUUCCCACUCUCACCCGAAGUCAACUGACUUCUCCACUUCCUCAGAUCCCCACACAUCUGUUGCCCCAGCAGCCCACUGUUAACCCAGCACAGAUAGCAGCCCCCAGUAACGUGCCCCAGCUCGGGACUCAGACUAGAGCCCUACCCCUCUACAGUCAGGUAGGAGCAGGAGGUCCUCCACCAUCCCCCCAGCACCAGGCUCAACUGACGAAGCCGCUACCCGCCCACACACACACCCAGACGGCCAUGCAAGCUCUCGCAAACACUCACACCCAGACACUGGCCCAGACGAAGGUCCACACCGAGACCCAGCUCGCUGAGGCCGCAUUGGUGGCUGCCACCACAGAGCAACAGCACCCUCCAAAUCCCCCCCAGGCUACUUCCCUCCCUCUUACACACAUGCCCCCCUUCCCCACUCAUACAGCAUCUCACCCCCACCCUGCCUCCCUGCCACCCCUCCGUCCUGCUACCCCUGGCCCAGAGACCCAGCCCACCCCACCAGAGAGUCAGCUAACCCUGCCUGGCCUGGCUGAUGGGCCCCCGGGACCCACUUCUCCCCCGUCUGUUGCCGCCGCUGCUGCUCAGACCCUUGAUUCUAACGCCCCUUCGCUGCUGCCCCCAACCUCAACCUCGCUCCCAGACUGUGACCCUGCUCUGCUGAGCAUUGCUCAGGAGAGUCCGAAACAGUCUGGCACAGAGGGACACUCCACUUCAGGCUCUGUUCCAGACAAUGGGGAUGGGGAUUUACAGAUGUUGGCCAAUGGGAGACUAGAGAGGGUGAAGUCUCAGAGGAGAUUGUCCUAUCGGGGGCCAGAAAAAGGAUCACAUGCAUUUCAACUAACCAUGAUUCAGGUGUCCGGCUCUGGGGACAACAUGGUGGAGUGUCAGCUGGAAACCCACAGCAACAAGAUGGUCACCUUCAAGUUCGACACUGAGGGAGAUGCACCUGAAGACAUUGCAGAUUACAUGGUGGAGGAGGAUUUUGUCCGUGAAUCAGAGAAAGAGACAUUCGUGGAAGAGCUGAGGUCCAUUGUCAAGAGAACUCAGGAAAUUCUCCUCACACAUCAACAGACUGGCUCUAUGGAACAGCUGCAUGUGAGCACUCCAACAGGCACAGCAAUGGACGGGGCGCCCCAGUCGUCUCCGGUGGGCAGAUGGAGGUUCUUCAUCAACCAGACCAUCAGACAUAGAGACUCCACAUCAAGCCAGGGAGGAGCGUCAACCCCUCCACCUCUCUCGACCGGCGAGUUCAGGGUGCCUCAGCCUACAGACACUGACCCAGAGUGGGAUGGAGGAUCCCAGAGAUCGGACUCCUCCUUUGCUGAAAUGGUUUCCUCUCCUCCUAUCUGCCCCACCUCCACCUUGUGUGCCCUGGCCUCUGCCUCCUCCCCCCCUGCCUCCACCUGCGUCUCUACCAUUUCUACCCCUGCCUCCAUGUCUGCCCCCCCAGCCACUGCUGCCCCCACUCCUGACACGACUGCCUCUGCUGCCUCUGACAGAAGUGUUUCUGACCUGGCUUCUACUAGUGGAGCUGUUGCCUCAGUCCUACACCCAGUCCCUGCUGCCUCAGCUGGUCUAGACCUGCAGGCUUCCAUCCACCAAAUUUCCAGUACAACCACAGCAACAUCCUCCAUUCCAACCCAUGUCCCAAACACCGCUACCAACCUCCCAGUCCCUGCCAUGGUAGCUGCUUCUGCCACCAUUGCGCCCUCUACCACAGACUGUCUAACUGAAGCUCUGACCUGCUCCAUGGUGAGCCAGGGCCAAGGCUCAAGCCUGGGGGAUGUAGUGACGGUGGCAGCCCCAGGGCAGUGUGUGUCUGGUGGGGGCCACUCAUCCACCGGCUCCAUCCACCCUCCAGUGGCUGUGGCUACAGCUGUGGCCUCUCCUUCUGCCAGCCAUGCAGUUCUGGAGCAGCAGCAAAACACUCUGCCUCAGAUUCAGUGCAUGGCAACCCAGCCUCAGGCUCUGCCUCAGAUUCAGUGCAUGGCAACCCAGCCUCAAGCUCUGCCUCAGAUUCAGUGCAUGGCAACCCAGCCUCAAGCUCUGCCUCAGAUUCAGUGCAUGGCAACCCAGCCUCAAGCUCUGCCUCAGAUUCAGUGCAUGGCAACCCAGCCUCAAGCUCUGCCUCAGAUUCAGUGCAUGGCAACCCAGCCUCAAGCUCUGCCUCAGAUUCAGUGCAUGGCAACCCAGCCUCAAGCUCUGCCUCAGGCCCAGGUCCAGUUACAACAGCAGCUCCAGACAAUGCAACAGGUACAGCAGCAGCAACAGCAACAGCAACAACAACAACAAACCCUGCAGGCUGUGCAACUUCAACAGGUACAGCAACAACAGCAAGUGUACCAAGAGCAGAUACAACUGCAGCAUCAGCAGCAGCAACAAGCGUUGCAAAAAUCUAUUGAACAGUUGCAGAUGCUGCAACAGAAACAACUACAGCCACAACAACAACAACAACAACAACAACAACAACAGCAGCAGCAGCAGCAGCAGCAGUCUCAGCUACAUUUACAGCCCCAGCUCAGUCAGACAAAGCCAUUACAAAAACAGUGUAUGUCCCUGCAACCACAGACAGAGAUGUUGCCACUGGCACUACAACAACAGAUGCAUCAACUGCCUGUCCAAAUGCAGAACACACAGUGCAACACACAGUUACACAUUCAACAGCCACAGCUACACCAGUUACCACCACAGCAACAACUACACCAGUUACCACCACAACAACAACUACACCAGUUACCACCAAAACAACAACAGCCACAGCUACACCAGUUACCACCACAACAACAACAGCCUCAGCUACACCAGUUACCACCACAACAACAGCCACAGCUACCCCAGUUACCCCAACAACAACAGCCACAGCUACACCAGUUACCACAACAACAACAGCCACAGCUACACCAGUUACCACCACAACAACAACAGCCACAGCUACACAAGUUACCACAACAAGAGCCACAGCUACCCCAGUUACCCCAACAACAACAGCCACAGCUACACCAGUUACCACAACAACAACAGCCACAGCUACACCAGUUACCACAACAACAACAGGCACAGAUACACCAGUUACCACAACAGCCACAGCUACACCAAUUACCACCACAACAACAACAGCCACAGCUACACCAGUUACCACCACAACAACAACAGCCACAGCUACACCAG